GACCACGCAGGUCGAAUGUAAUACACUAACCAUAGGGCAAUGCAUGAAAUUUCCCCGAUUUGGGAUUGAUUUCACCCAUCAACAUCUUCGGCAUAUAUAGCUUUUGAAAAAUGAGGGUGGAAAAUGAUAUUUUCUCAAAAGUAAUUUUCGCACCCUCUGAAUUCUGAAACGUAUUUUACUUACAAAAAUACUGGCGAGGCCUGACUAAAGAGAGUGAGAAGGAGAAGAAGCGGAAUGGAAUCUCACGCUUUACAGAAAUACGGCGUGCCGUUUUACGGAGCCGCCUGGGUUCCGUACAAGCACAUUAGAUCGAAACUCAAAUUGCUAGAACAAAUACUAGAACAAGACGAAGGUCGAAAUGGAUCCGGAGACGAAGCUCCCACCGCCGACAAAUUUGACACAGUCUCUGCCAAUCACAACUAUGUCGUUUUGGUCGGCGGGGGCGGUGAAGGCAAAAGUGGUAUCCCCAACGCUGUUGUCUUAUCUCGCUUCGAUUUCGCCUCCAAUACCCUCUCCAAUCAACCUGUGGCUAAGUUUAAAACUGAUUCAGAUUUACCUUAUCGAAUGGCAGUUCAUCCACGUGGAGAUGGAAUUAUUUGUGCAAUGCAAAAUAGUUGCAGAUUGUUUGAGUGGGUAAGAGAGAAUAGUGACAAAGUCCAGAGAUUGGGUGUAAAAGGGUCAGAGAAAGUCCUCAGCCUGUUAGAAGAUGUUGGGCAGCAGUUAGCACUAGCCUUUGACUCUGAUGGUUCUACUCUUGCUACCGGUGGUGAGGAUGGAAAAUUAAGGGUUUUAAAGUGGCCUACCUUGGAAAUUAUUCUUAAUGAAUCUGAAGCUCAUGCUUGUGUCAAGGAUUUAUCUUUCAGCCCUGAUGGAAAAUUUCUUGUCUCCUUGGGAAAUCGUGGCCCUGGUAGGGUUUGGGAUGUAACCUCUGCGUCUGUUAUAGCUUCUCUACCAAAUAAAAAUGAUGAAAUUUUUGCCUCCUGUAGAUUCUCUCCAUCUAGUGAUCAGAAUUAUCUUCUUUACAUUGCUGCAAUAACAGACAAGGGUGCAAGUAUUGUGACAUGGAAUACCACCUCUUGGAAGAGGAUUCGCUCAAAGCGAGUUGUACGUGAGUCUGUUUAUUCCUUCAAUGUUUCAGCUGAUGGAAAACUACUUGCAAUAGGGACAGGAGGAGACAUUGCAAUUAUAAAUUCAAGCAAUAUGGCAAUUCAGACAAUGGUUAGAAAAGCACACCUAGGCUUUGUGACAGCUCUGGCAUUCUCUGAUGAUUCAAGGGCUUUAGUUUCUGCAUCUAUGGACUCAAGUGCAAGGGUGACCUUAAUUGAGAACAAGAAGAAAAGCGGACUAAAUUUGUGGAUCAUUAUACUCUUCGUAUUACUAGCAAUUGCUGUGUACUUCAUCAAGGUACAACGAAUCAUUCCUUAACUUGAUGCCAUUCUCCCUACUGUUUAAAUGCGAAAAGCUUUUUUCACACAUUGCUCAAAUUCAAGAAACUUGGAAAUUACACCUCGGAUCUAACUGCAGUCUAAAUAUUGAAACAUGUUCUGUUGAAUUCUUAUUUGUUGGGGUGACCCCACCACAUUACCCAUGUGUAAUAAUAACCUUAGGCGUUGAGUUUAUACAUAUUUUGUUUUAUUUAAUUAAAUCAACCAUUUUUCAAAGGGUCUAUACAAAAAUAAUCCCUAUCAAUUGAAAACACUUUUGAAGUC